CCUAGAGCAGUGGUUCUCAACCAUGUUUUGGCUCACCUAAGCAUUUCUAAAAAUCCUGUGGAUAAUUCGUAUUAUUCAAAAAGUAAAUUUUUGACGUGGUGGAAGCCUAAAAGGCCAUGAACUUGGUCUAAACAAGCUUCCCAACAUUUUUGGUCGGUGCCAAUUUUUUUUUUUUUUUUUUUUUGGUCAUGCUUCACUUGAGUAUCUCCAAAAUCCUGAUGCUCCGCUCCAUAAUUCUUAUUAUUCAAAAAAUGAAUUUUUGACGUGGUGGAAGCCUAAAAGGCCCAGACAAGCUUCCAAAGAACAUGUCAUCAAUGAAAAAAAGUUAGAAAGUUAAAUUUUCAUUUAAUGAAAUGCCAAAAUCUCACUGUUAAUAAUUCAUUCGCGAACUGCCUCCCUAGAAAAUCAAAUUGUGGAGCGUGGGCUCCAAUAAAUAAAAUUUACCAAAUUUUAGCUUCGUUCGCCAAGAGACUGAUCUGUGACAUGCCAAACGAGGAAUACCAGUGCGGCUCCGCCUGUCAAAGACAGUGUGCUACUCUGAAUCAACGUUGCACCAUCGUAAAUAUCAGAUGUAACGAUGGCUGUUACUGCAAGGAUGGUUACGCCAGAAAUAAAAAUGGCGUCUGCAUCCCCAUAGCGGAGUGUAACAAGAAACGUCCCAAAUAUAUUCAGGUUCCAUUGUACCGUUUCAGUAAUCUUGGCUUUUAGCGUCGGAAUUUUUGCACAGGGAUGUACAUAUGUGUACAAUC